AUGGCGGUGGCCCUGCGAUCAUGUCCUUCUCUGGUAGCGCCGAAUGAGGCAUCCUCGCAAAGGCUGCAAGGAGCGCGGGGCGUGGCCUCCCUGUCCUUCCCGCCGGCGCCCGCCUCUUCGUCCUCGUCUUUCUUUGGUGACAGAGUCUGUGGGGAAAGCUCGGUGAAGCUCGAUGGACGGAAGGGAGGGAGAGGAGUGGGCUCCAGGCCCUUUCCAUUCAUCAACUCCAUUCUCGCCGAUAUCCCCAAGGAUCUUACGGUGAGAACUCCUGCUCUCCUUUUGUCUGUUGAGUCUUUUGUGACCGCACUAGUGUUGUAUUCGAGUGUUUUAUCUGAUCGUGACGAGAAUGCGCCUGAACCUGAAAAUUGUCGAUCUUAGUUGUCUCUUAUUAUGUUUCUUUGUUCUCUGGGUAUUGGAUUUAAUUUCUACAAGCCGUGUUCAACGUUGCUGCCCGUUUUCUGAGUGUCCUUCUCUUCAUUUCUGCCGCACGCGGCGUUUGUCUUGAUCCCGUCUGUAAGCAGUGUCUGUCAUCAGGGAACCGCGCGCUCCUCCAUUCACUCUGGUGUAUUGAAGAGAUUCGCAUUGGACUUUCCUCUUCGUUUUUAAAUAGCUUGGAGCGUUCAGGGCCCUGUCUUUCCCCCCUCAUUUCACCCUCUUCUUGAAGAGUCUCGUUUUCUAUCUCCAUGUACUUCUGUUCUCAUAAGAAAGAAGGGCCGCGGCACUCCAAUACCACAUCAUCAUUCGACUGAAUGAUUGCUGCUGUCGUUGGGCUUCUGUUCUGUUCUACCACCUGUGUGUGUCUCUUUAUCUUUUGCAUAGUUUGUAUCCUCUCUUCGUGCCAGAAGUGAUCCAAUUCACAUGGGAUAGCGGUGUUCCCAGUUAAAUAGAUUGGAGUUGUCUUUAUACUCAGUUCUGCUUGUCUUCAAAAAAAUGUGUGUCGUAGACCGCUUUUUCGCCCUUUUUUUUUCUUUUAAAUAAGUCUUAAGUUACCUUUCAGUGAAUUUUUAGCGAUACGUUCUUCCUAAUUUAGGAAUAAUCAAGAAACUUAAUGCUUUUUCCUUUUGCUCUUCGGUGCAGGCACUUGAGGCGCCUAAUUUUCGCAAUUCAGAAGCAGACCCUAGAUCCGUUGCCUCACUGAUACUAGGUGGUGGCGCUGGAACAAGACUUUUCCCUCUUACCCGGAUGAGGGCUAAGCCAGCGGUAUGCCUUUCCCCCACUCAACAGAUCUAUUUUCACUUUUCUUGUUUCAUGAAGAUAUGAUCGCGUUAUUUCUUUGCAUUACACCAGUUUCUUGUGUUAUAGGUUUUUUCAACCCAUUUGGCUCCCUUUGUUGAUCUCAUUUUAAAAAAAGAUAAAUGUUAGGCUUCAAAAUGAGCUCCACAUGCGAUACCAUUAUUUUAUUCAGCAGCUUAGAUUGUAAAGUAAAAGAUUAUUUUCAGUGCGCAUGAAUUAUAACAGCUAUUGGCGAGUCAAAGAAAUUAUUCUGUCUCAUCUUCAACUGAUAGAUGAGAGAAGCAUUGCUUAGUCUCUACGGGAUCUCAAUUUAUAAGUAAUACCUGUGAAUAUCCUGCUCCAUAUUUAUCAAUAUCCGGGCAGCUUUUUGGAAUAUUUUCAUAGACAUUCGUGGAUUCUUCUUUCACCCUUUUUGUAAUAACAUGAAGGAACAGGCUAAUAAUUUUGGAAUAAUCAGUUAUCCAAGCUUUUCUUGUGCUAAAAACCAAUUGACCUUCAAAUUUCGUAAUGAUGAUGUUCGUGCCAACCUAGUGUUUUGUUCAUUUGAAUGCACGUACUUUGAUUUUUAUUGUAGGAUUUGACAAAUAAGAUGUUCUAAAAUAAAUUUCGCUGGUGCUUCUUCGCUAUUUGAUUUGUAAUGCAUCUUCUUGGGUAUCCACAUCUCACCACUUUUCAUUUGCGGAUUACAAGGUGCCUAUUGGUGGCUGCUAUAGGCUCAUUGAUGUCCCAAUGAGCAACUGCAUCAACAGUGGAAUAAACAAAAUCUACAUCCUCACGCAGUUCAACUCCCAAUCCCUCAAUCGCCAUCUUGCUCGGACUUAUAAUUUGGGGAAUGGUGUUAACUUUGGUGAUGGAUUCGUCGAGGUGUGUUCUUGUUCAUCUCUGCAAAUAUGUGGUUUCUGAAAAUCAAUGCUACUCAUUUGUCUGACCCUUCCAUCAUCAAAAUGGCUGUUUUUAGGUUCUUGCAGCGACUCAAACAUCUGGAGAAGAUGGCAAAAGAUGGUUCCAGGGUACAGCAGAUGCAGUGAGGCAAUUUGUGUGGCUAUUUGAGGUGUGUGUGGUUGACAGAUUAAUCUUGAUUAAUCUAAUCAGUGUGGCAUAUAUUUUUCUAUUUGUGCUGCAUUUUUCGCUGGCAUAUUUAAUUUUAACGAAUGAUUCUGUGCGGAGUGUAUAUAAUUUAUCUUUUUUUUUCUAAUUUCUCAUGAUUCCGCUUAGAGUUUCUGGCAUAGUUUUAUCAGUUCACCUCACCCAUGCUAAGCAAUUUUUUCCAGGAUGCCAAGCUUCGACAUAUAGAGAAUAUUCUUAUACUAUCUGGGGAUCAUCUGUACAGAAUGGAUUACAUGGAAUUCCUGCAGGUUUGUUGUCGAUGGGCCUCUAGAGUUUAUGACGAAAGAAUAAAACGGUGCCUUGUUCUUACCACUCUUGUUGACCCGUAGCACUGAUCCUAAUUGCAGAGGCACAUCAACACUGGGGCCGAUAUAUCUGUCUCGUGCGUUCCCAUGGAUGAGAGGUGAUCCUGUUGUCUCACAAUCGAGUCUCCUUUGUUGAUGUGAACACUGGCAGCGCCCACACAGUCUGCUUAUCGUGUGUGUUGUUGCAGUCGAGCUUCUGAUUUCGGGCUGAUGAAGAUCGACGGAAGGGGCCGCGUCAGUCAUUUUCUGGAGAAGCCCAAGGGGGAAAGCCUCAAGACCAUGGUACGUAGAGUGGAGUGGAUCAUGGGGGAAGAAGCCCAGAUUCUCAUGUUUUUGUGGGUCCGGUUCUUCUCUAGCAUGAAAAUAAUAAUAAUAAUAAUAGUAAUAAUAAUAGGCUAGGAUCGGCCUACGAUUGGCCUACUACGAUCUGACUGAAUUCUCUGAUGCUGUUGCAGCAAGUGGAUACGUCAGUGCUCGGGCUAUCGCCGCAGGAUGCGAAACGAUUCCCCUACAUCGCGUCGAUGGGAAUCUAUCUGUUCAAGACGGACGUUCUUCUGAAGCUUCUGAGGUAUUAUGGCCGUGCAGUUAUGAAGGGCUUCUGAAGAACCGAACCCUCCCCCGUCCCCGCCCCCUUCCCACGUAGGUAGGGUUCUUCGUCAGAGGGAUGAACUCUUUUCCUUUCUCGCCGUGCUGCCCAUCCGUUUCAGGUCUCAGUAUCCCCAUUCGAACGACUUCGGGUCGGAGAUCAUUCCGAUGGCCGCCAAAGAUUACAACGUGCAGGUAACUUGUUCUUCUCCAGAAUUUUCCGGUGGUCGGGGCUUGAGAACAAUUUAUGAUGAUGAGUGAGAAAAGGGGGGAGAAGCUUCCGUCGCCUCGUCUGAACGAUUGAUGAAUGAGCUUGAUGGCAGGCCUACCUGUUCAAUGGGUACUGGGAGGACAUCGGGACGAUAAAGUCCUUCUUCGAUGCGAACUUGGCUCUCGCAGACCAGGUACUUUCUUGCUCCUUCCCCCCCGCUUGCUGCUGGUGGAUAAUGGAUGAUGGAUGAUCUUCUCCUUGUUCCUUCCUGGCCUGUUUCCAAUCUUGUGCUGGAAUUGGCAGCCGGCGAAGUUUCACUUCUACGAUCCAUCGAAGCCGAUCUUCACCUCUCCCCGCUUUCUGCCUCCGACAAAGGUCGAGAAAUGCCGGGUACGUAACCACCUCUCUCCCUCCGCAACCUCCCCUGCUUCUCUCGAGCACGAAGAACUCUAAUAAUUAACCUUGGUUCCUCGCAGGUUUUGAAUUCUAUAGUCUCCCAUGGCUGCUUCCUCAACGAAUGCACCGUCGAACAUUCCAUCAUCGGCGUCCGCUCGAGACUAGAGUCUGGCGCAGAGCUCGUGGUGAGUGGUGGGGGGCCUACUUCUUCUUCUUCGCACGAUGAGGAUGGCGAUGAUGAUAAUGAUGAUGAUCUACGCUUCCAGCGGCGGGAGAAGAGGUUUCUCGGAGAAAAGCCUCUUGAUUGACUUUUUAAAGCGUUCGUACAGGAUACCAUGGUGAUGGGGGCGGAUUACUACCAGACCGAGGCGGAGAUCGCGUCCAUUCUGGCCGAGGGGAAGGUUCCGAUCGGGAUCGGUAGGAACACCAAGAUCAGGUGGGGGACGACGACGACGACGACAAAGAUCGUUUUCCCGCGGAUUUCCCGAUCCGUUCUCUGAAUCUGUUCUUCAUUUCAUCGUUUUGGAACAGGAACUGCAUCAUCGACAAGAACGCCAAGAUCGGGAGGGACGUCGUGAUUGCGAACUCGGAGGUGGGCCUCUCUGCGGCGAUCAUCUAUCGCUUCGAACCUGGAUGAGAUGUUGUUGUUGGGGCGGGCGGGUGCUUUUCUUUCUUCUUCUUUUUUUUCUUUCUUUUUUAUUUAAAUCUGAACACGCUGCUAUGGAUGAGAUGUUGUUGCAGAAGGUGGAGGAGGCGGAGCGGCCGUCGGAGGGCUUCUACAUCCGCUCGGGGAUCACGGUGGUGAUGAAGAACGCCACCAUCCCCGACGGCACCGUCAUUUGA